AUGCCCGUGUGGCUUCAUCCCUUGCAUGGCCCUGAUGCUGCUCAGCGCUUCCACCCGCACAAGCUGGUCACGAAACAAGACCUCAGUCGUGGCGAGAGUCUCACCAGCUGCCUGAAGAACCUUGUGGAUGGCAGGUCGAAAUGGCAAGACCUGGGCCGCAGUAAUUUGGUCGAGUUUGCUGGUGGAGCUGUCAUUACAAGGCAUUCUCCAACAGGAGUGGACUUCAAUCUGAGUCUUCUAUGUGCAGAUGUGGCAUGGACUAGAAUACCAACGCCAGACCUCGACGGUUCGGACAUGCAGACUCCAUUUGAUAGGGCGGAGACUGAAGAGAUUCCAGACCUGAAAUUCUUGAUUGGCCUGGCUCCUCGCUGGAAGCGUAUGCAGAUGGCGCCGCUUGAGUCCUUCGACGAUCCGGGCACUGAUGAGGUCUGGGCUAGCUUCCACGCUGGCACGCCGGAGAUGGAGUCCUUCCUCCAAGUGCUGCAAAGAAGCGGCGCUCUAAGGUGGGACAUUGACGAGGAGUAUGUGUUUCACAAGCAGGUGACUGGACGAGGUUCCUCGAGCAUCACACGCCGAGGCCUUCUUCGCCGUAGUUUUUGCGCGCUGGACUCCCUGGUGGAUGAGCACAGCCACUCAGAGGAAGAACUCACCGGCUCCCAGCCGCCAUGUGAUCCAGCCGCCAUCAAGAUCAUGAAGCAUCCUGAGACAGACGAGGAGGCGCAGUCGAUCGUUGCCGAAGUUCGCUUUCUGGCCGAGACUGCCCAGCAUCCGAACAUAGUCAAGCUCCGCGGGACGUUCUGCGUCAAGUGGAAAAGCAAAUCACUUUGGCUGUUGGCCCUCGAGAUUUGCACUGGGGGUCGUCUUCAAGAUCACGUUAGCAUCUACGGACACUUGGAUCGGAUAGUUGGCGAGGGAGCAAGCAUAGCGCUUCUCUCAGCAGUUUCCCAUCUACAUGCCCGUCGAGUUCUCCACAGAGAUAUCCGGCCUGGAAAUGUGCUCCUCGGGGAGUCCCUGCGGCCGGUUCUGGUGAACUUCGGCAACGCAUGUCGCUUCGAGGACGCUUCUUUGGCCCGGCGGGCCCGUAUCGAUGGAUACACGGCUCCGGAAGUGGCCGACGCACGCCUCGGGUCCCAGGGGCCUGCUAGCGACGUGUUCAGCGUAGCAGCUUGUAUCCUAUUCUUGCUCACCGGCAUCGAGCCCUUUGCGGAGGCAAAGUGCACCCAGCAGACAUUGACGGGUAACCCCUCAAUGGACGAACUUGCUGCGAGCAAGCUUGGGCAGCCCACUGUGGCUGUCCUACAACGGCUGCUCGCGCGGCAAGCACGGAAGCGGCCAGCCGCAUGUCAGGCAUGCAUGAUGCUGCACGAGGAGGCCAUUGAGGAGGUGCAGGAGCUCACUGUCUGCGAGCAGGCCAUGUCGGCAUUGUCCAUGCCAGAAAGAGGCAGCUCCCAGUCUGGCCUGGCGGCAAUCGAUGAAACGUUGGACGAGCUCACUUCUGAGACGGCUGAAGGCGCCUUCGGCCAAAGCUCCGCCAUGGCUUCCGGCGGUGGCUACUCGACACCAGGUCCUCCAGCAGAUGCAGCACAGAUCGUGCAGCCAGGAGGAGCCGUGGCGCAGCUGGCGGUGCAGCAAGGCUUCACACCGCAGCCGCCGAGCAGCCCCAGUCCUCGAAAGCGCUUGUUCUCGGGGCGGGCUUGGACCGCGCGGUCUCAUGAGUAG